AUGGUGAUUAGAAAUCUUCAAACAUAUCUAAAUCGUAUUUCUCGUCCACAAGAACCAUUGUUUGCAGUUGAUCUUAUGCUAGCUGGUACAGAUGUUGUCGGAAAUCCACAACCAGCUGAACUAUAUCGAUUAGUUAUUCAGGAAUUACGUGAUGCGAUUGAAUCAACCCGGGUUUUUGUUAGAUGGUCACGUGGUUCAUGUGUAACAGCUCCAGGCGUUAAAAUUGAUAGCAGUGAAGAAUUGUACUAUUUCACAUUCUAUGAAGAAAUUGCUAAGUCCAGUGAAAUAGCUGACCUGGUUCAACAAAUUGCUAAAGCAUAUGCAAAUACAGUUGAAAAGAUGAAAAGAUAUCAAGAUAGUUGGCGGAAACAUAAAGGCAAAUUUGUUGCAAAUAAGUUAGCUCAAGUGGAAAAAUGGAUGGAGACUCCACGUACAGCGAUUGAAAUCCAUGAGAAAAUUCUAGAUAUGAAUACAAAACUGAAUGAUUUGUGUGAAACACCAGAAAAUAUUAAUAUUGGCUGCAUACAAUUACGAUUGAAAGGCCUAAUGCAUAAUAUACGUGAACAUAACAGGAAAUGGACAAAAGCCUAUGGAAAACAGCUACAUGAUAUUGGCAAAGAAAUAUUGACCAGUUUAAAUGAAGAAUUUAAACAUCGAUUUGAAGAACUUGAAGAUGUACCAACAAAUUUAAUCGAAUUAAAAGAUACUCUACGUACAAUCUUUGAAGUACGCUUAUCAACUUUAGAAAUAGAAGAAAAAUUAAUCAUCUGUGAAGAGUGUUAUCGUCUACUCGAAUAUCAUAAACUACCUGUACCAGAUAGUGAAAUAGAAUCAGUGAACAAUCUAAGACCUACAUGGAUACAACUGUUGAAGUCUGCAAAUCAUAAAGAAGGCACACUGAGUCGUGUAAAAGGCAAAUUUGCUAAAAUCACUUUAGAAGAUAUUGAAAACUUUAAUAAGUUAGUUGUUGAUUUUGAAACACGUUUUAAAGAAUUUGGACCGGCUACAAUGUUAAAUGAUUUAGACGCAGCAGUAGCAGUUGCUAAGGAAUAUCAUGUACAGUUGAAUGAAAUAGAAGCUAACAGAAAAGAACUGGCAUCAGCAGAAAAACUUUUCAAUCUUCCAUUAACACAAUAUCCACAAAUUAUAAAUAUUCAAAAAGAGUUAAGUGGAUUAGAUCAGUUAUUCAAUAUCUACUUAAAACAAAAGCAAGCUCGUGAAGAAUGGUCACAAAUACUUUGGAAAGAUUUAAAUAUAACACUUUUACAAAAUGGUAUUGAAAAGUACUUGAAAGAUUUACGUAAUCUACCAAAACCUGUAAGAACAUCACCAAUUGGACGUGCGAUAUUUGAACAGAUUCGUACUUUUCGUGAUUCACUCCCUCUAUUUACAGAUUUGAAAAACGAAGCGCUUAGAGAAAGACAUUGGAAUGAAUUGAUGAGGAGAACAGAACAAACAUUCGACAUGAAUCCAGAGACAUUUACACUAGCUAAUAUUUUUGCUAUGGAGUUGCAUCGAUUUGUAGAUCAAAUUUCUGAAAUUGUUGCAUUUGCAAUCAAAGAAUUAAGUAUUGAAAAGGGUGUUAAAGAAGUCGAAGAAACAUGGCAAAAUCUUAACUUCAAUGUAGUUAGUUAUGUGAAAGCAGGUCAGAAUAGAGGUUAUGUUCUAGGAGCUUUAGAUGAUAUAGUUCAAAUACUUGAAGAUAAUUCAAUGAAUUUACAAUCAAUGGCAUCCAGUAAAUUUGUUGGUCCAUUUCUGUCUACUGUACAAUUAUGGGAGAAAAAUUUAAGUGUAAUCAGUGAAAUAAUUGAAGUAUGGUUAGUUGUUCAACGUAAAUGGAUGUAUCUUGAAGGCAUAUUCAUCGGUGGUGAUAUACGCUCACAGUUACCAGAAGAGGCGACAAAAUUUGACAAUAUUGAUAAAAUCUUUAAAAAGUUAACAUUGAUAAAUGAAGACUACUCACUUUCUAUGAGUGUAACUAAUGCUCUCAUAAAGUUAUCUUUUUUAGCACUUCAUCAUUUUGGGGACAAAUUUAAUAAUGAUCUAGAAGUGUACUAA